AUGAAUAAUUUUGGCCUUCCCAUAAGAUAUUUGAUUUAUAUUUCUUAUAAUGGAAAUUAUUUUUAUGGCUUUCAAAGACAAGUUUUUAAAAAACAAAAUGACUUAUUAAGAAGUGUUUUUGGAAUUUUUAAAUCAGCAUUAACUUUAUUAAAUCCUGAGUGCCAUAUUCAAAUUAGAGGAAGCAGUAGGACAGAUACUGGAGUCCAUGCUUUGAAUUCCUCUUUACAUUUUGAUUUACAACAUCCAAAUGCUGAUAAAAUAUUUACCCCAACUUAUAUAAAAUAUAGACUUAAUCAGAUAUUUGUAAGAUGCAAGGAACAUGUGAGGGUAAAUUCAGUCAGAAUUGUUCCUUCAACAUUUGAUGCUAGGAAGAAUGCAAUAUAUAAAACAUAUGUAUAUAAAAUAGCUGUCCCAAAAUAUCCAAAUGACCAACUUAUAAAUAAGAAGAAAGUAGAUCGAAGUAGAGAUAACAAACAUUUAUACUACCAACAAAGAAUAAAUAUAAAUUCCAAAGAAGAAGAAAUUUAUCACGAGAGAUUGUCUUGCUUUGCUAUUCCUUUAUGGGCUCAAAACUUGAUUCAUUUCUUCCCUUAUCCAGAUUUUUGCAGACAAAAGGUUGGAGAAGCUAUAAAACUGUUUGUGGGAGACCACGAUUUUGCUACAUUUAUGUCACCAUGCUCUAAAAAGUCAUCGCAGACGCAUAAAUACCUUUUAACCAAAAGAACUAUUAGCUCCGCCGAAUUUUACCCGCUCGGCAAGAAUAUCAACGACCAGGAUACGAAAUUCAAUUUUAUUGAUCAUUUUUUCAAUCUAUCAGAGUUCGAUUAUUAUCAGUUCACCUUUGAAAGUCGAGGUUUUCUUUAUCAUCAGGUUAGGAAGAUGGUAGGCGCCCUUCUAUCCCUUGGUAUUGGAAAAAUAAGUAUAGAAGAUAUCCGUUAUAUGCUUGACAAUCCUGAUAUCGAGAAUUGGAAUCCUAGAAUACUCAUGGCACCUGCCAAUGGUUUAUAUUUAGCCGAUGUCAAAUAUGAUUUGAAAGAUUUAACCAAUUUUACCUCAGACUAUCCGUUAUUUAAAUACGACGAAACUGGAACCAUUAUCGAUAGUUGA